AACCAACACACACACACAAUGGUAACUGCGGUUCUUCUAGUGCAAAAGGCAACACCGGAAACAAUAACACAGUUCCAUGAUCAGCUUUCAAACGAACUUCCCACAUCAAAGGGGAAAUGGAACUUCAACUUCAAGAUAUUUAGAAAUAACCCAUACUCUAUCCCACCAGAUUUAGUGGAAACAACUACAACAUCACCUGAAUCGAAGUUUUUGUUUACACUUUCCCCGAGCUAUUUACCUGAUUCUACUAUAACCCUAGUAAACGGAAAAUCUGCUGGUGUAUUCACCAACUUGAUAGAGGAAGAGGCCAGCGAACUAAGUCACCCUACGGAAUUAACCAUACCCAAUGAACAUCUCCAUAGAGGAGCAACCACGGGUUUAAAUGACAGAUUUGAUAUUUUUGUGGGUCAAAAAUUACAGAGCUUGUGGACCCAACGACAAAUAAUAAAAGGAGAUGGUGGACAAAUAUACGAGCUUGAAAAUGGUAAUUUGUGUAUUAAAACUUCAAAUGUUUUUUUACACGGUAAUUUCCGAGGAUUGCUUAUUCAAAUUGAUUUGAAUGAUCAUUUGUGUGACACAAAAAACCCUGAUUCAUUUAAGCAAGUAUUUGAUAAAGUUAGUGAAAAAUAUGGCAUACCUCCAGGAAAUCUUUGUUGUGAGGUAUUAGAUACAAAAUAUUUGGACAAGUAUGGAGACCUUUGUUUUCAAUAUUCCAAAAUUUUAAAUUUUUAAUUCAACUCUAUGUGAGUAUAGGAAAAUAGAAACAUAGACUUGAAGAUUAGAGCAGUGUUACUUGUUGUAGUUCAGGAAUAACUGUAAAAAUUUUCAAGAUAACUAGCUAUAUAAUUUUCUAAGUUUAGGGGGCAAUUUCGGGUCUUUUUCUAUAUGGGCCAAGGCAAAUUAUUUUACCCAGCUGCUUAAAGUAAAUACAGUUCUCUUCGGUUCGUGAACUUGGUCUUUGGCCAUCCAAGUCUCCCAUACAAUGCUCAACACCUUUGUCAUCCUUUAUGCAUAAUUUAUCUCUCUCUUCGGCAUCAAACAAUACCGUCACCUUCUGGCAGGCAGUGGAUCUUUCCGUCCUUGUCUAAGUAGCAUUGGUCUUCUUCUCCACGUUUGACAAAAACAAUACCGUCGCCUUCUGGCAGGCAGUGGAUCUUUCCGUCCUUGCCUAAGUAGCAUUGGUCUUCUUCUCUCUUUUCGGCAUCAAAAACUAUUCCACUUUUGUCCAGAGGAUUCUCUUUAGGUUUACUGAAGCAAUGGGUCACACCGUUGGCAUCCUCAAUACAAACUGGUUUCACAACAGGAAGAGGUGAGGGAAGUUUUUUAAUUGGGAUUGCAAUGGAGAUUGAGGUCACCAUCAAAAUGAUUAAGAAUAUGAGAUGCAUUGUUUAUUUUGUAUGUGUAUGUAGAUGUAUGUAUGUGUGUGUUUGUUUGUUGUAAUGAGAAUAGAUUCAGGCCUGAUAUGAAGUCGAUCCAACCCCUAUUUAUACUAUCUGGACAGAAUACAAUAUUAUUCUUUUUGCAGAGCUUGUAUCAUCUAUAAUUGGUAACAUCCGGCGUUUUAACCAUAUACGCCAUUCAUAAUACAAAUGCCUUACCAAGAAAUAUAGCUG